UUUGAUUGGAUUCCAUCCCACCCUCAACCUAACUUGUUGAAGACAGGUUGGCCGACUACUUUGACCGUAUGGAAGAAGUUUGCCAUGGCUUUGGGUUUUGGUAAAGCUAAUAUAAAUAUAUAAAAUUAUUUAUUCAUUUCCCAAUUCCCACAUAGAAUAGUGGUGUGCCUACAGUUUUUUACUUCUGCAAUUGCGAGAAGAAACGAGGCGGUCAAAAUCCAAUGGAUUUGGAAACGGUGAAGAAAUACUUGGAGAAAGGAGUUGGGGCUGACGGCGAUGACAAGAACGCCUCAACCAUCAAUGGCAUGCCUUCUAGAUUCUUCGAAAACUUCAUCAUGCAAGGUCUCCAUGUUGACCAAAUCGAAAAGGGUCGAGUCCUUUGCUCCAUGAAAGUCCCUCCUCGUUUGCUGAACGCUGGUAAUUUCUUGCACGGUGGAGCUACUGCAUCACUGGUGGAUUUGGUUGGAUCAGCGGUUAUUUACACCUACGGAGUUAGCACCAGUGGAGUUUCUGUCGAAAUCAGUAUCACUUACUUGGAUGCUGCUUAUGUUGGCGAGGAAAUCGAGAUAGAGGCUAAGGCAUUGCGUGUUGGGAAGACUGUUGCCGUUGUCACGGUUGAGUUUCGGAAGAAAAAAACUGGGAAAAUCAUUGCGCAAGGGCGUCAUACCAAGUACCUCACCGCCCAGAGUAAAAUGUAAAUGAUAUUUCUAUCUGAGCUGUCUUCAUACGCAAUUCCUUAUGUUAGCAUAAAUAUUUACACACUCACCACGUUCUUUUUAAUAAGUGAAUUUCAUUUGAAAUUUCUUGCCUGCUCUUCAUCUCCAGUGACUUGUAUAAGUAUUUGGUUGUGUAAAACUGUGUGUUAGCAUUAUAUCUAGAACUUGAUCCAGCUCCAAAGGACUUUGACA